ACAUAACAGCAGCUAUAGGCUUAGCACAGGUGUGUACCUGCGUCAGGGCGUCACACAACUGCAAUAGCAGCUUGAACGCAGAGGAGGGCGGCGCGUCAUCAAUCGCCUCAGCUAAAAUUAAACCAAACUGCGAUGUAAGGAAGUAAAACGCCGACAGGAAUGAAACUGUCGUCAGUCUUUUAGAGAAAUAUACUAGUUUUACUUAUUUUUUUAGACUGAGUGUUGCGUACGCGUCGCGUAGGGUUUUACCUGUGUUGUAUUUAUCGACGCGUCGCGUUUUGGUUACGCGGUAAUGCAGGUAAACGAUUUGGAUUAGUAUUUGAAGUGCUGAAAGCUUUUCCCGAGGAUUUUUCCCUGUUGGAUAUGAAUGUGACCUGGAAAACAAGAGUGUUUUAAAACGGAUACUUAUCAUGCUGUACUCCGCAGUGUGGUGUGCUAGUGUAUGUCUAUGUGUUUGAAGAAUGAAUGUUAUCAACGGCAAGGGGACAACCUGCCAGGAUGAAACGCUCUGCACGCUUCAAAUCUACCCCAGGUUGUCCAACAAACCAGCACCAUGUUGCAUCCUCAAAGUCCCAAAGGAGGCCACGGCAGCCAGCGUCAUCAAAAACGCCCUCGGCAUGCUUAGACUGGACAUGUCCAAACCCUACGUCCUCGUGGAGGUCCAGGAAUACGGUGGAGAGGAGUGGGUCCUUCAAGCCAAUGACCUGCCUGUACAGAGAGUCCUGCUGUGGCCUAGAAAGGCCCAGGAGCAGCACCCCCAAAGCGAUGGAUACUUUUUCGCCCUUCAGGAAGGAAGCCGCGACGGAUUGGUCCGGUAUGACGUUAUGCCGUCUGUCCGUCGAGAGAAAGAAGCUCAGGGACUCGCGACUAGGGGCUUUGUGGCACCCCAACCUCAGGAAUACGAUGAUUUGUGUAACCUGCCUGCUCUAACAGAGGAGAGCAUCCUGGCUACCCUACGCCAUCGCUUCCUCAAGCAGAAGAUCUACACCUUUGCCAGCAACAUUCUUAUCGCCGUGAAUCCCUUCAAAUUUCUGCCUAUAUACAAUCCCAGAUAUGUCAAGAUGUACGAGAACCAUACGCUCGGAAAGCUAGAUCCGCACAUCUUCGCCAUAGCGGAUGCCGCCUUCCACACCAUGCUAAACAAACAGGUCAACCAAUGCGUUGUCAUCUCGGGGGAGAGUGGCUCAGGCAAAACGCAAAGCACCAAUUUCCUUAUCCACUGCUUGACUGCUCUCAGUCAGAAGGGUUAUACUAGUGGAGUGGAGAGAACCAUACUGGGAGCAGGCCCUGUGUUAGAGGCCUUUGGCAAUGCCAAAACAGCAUACAACAACAACUCCAGCCGCUUCGGAAAGUUCAUUCAAGUCAAUUAUCUGGAGAGUGGCGUUGUGAGAGGGGCUGUUGUUGAGAAGUACUUAUUAGAGAAAUGCCGUCUAGUAUCCAGAGGAAAGACAGAAAGGAAUUACCAUGUUUUUUACUAUCUGUUGACCGGGGCUUCAGAAGAGGAGAGAGAUGAGUUUAAGCUUUUGAGGCCUGAAGAUUACAACUACCUCAAACAAGAAAAUCUGUUUCUGGAGGAUGAAGCUGAAAUGAAACAUGAGUUUAAGAGACUUCACCAGGCCAUGGAGAUGGUCGGCUUUCUGCCCCCUACCAAAAAACAGAUAUUUUCUGUGCUGUCAGCCAUUCUGUACCUGGGGAAUGUGACAUACAAGCAGAAUGAAGAUGGCCCGGGGCUGAAAGUAGGGCCAGAUCAUGUGCUCUCGGCUCUCUCUCAACUUCUCAAGGUUAAAGUGGAGCUGCUUGUGGAAGCAUUGACGAAAAGAAAAGCAAUGACAGCUAAUGACACGCUAAUCCUGCCUUACAGCCUCAAUGAGGCUAUCACUGCCAGAGACUCUAUGGCCAAAUCUCUAUACAGUGCCCUGUUUGACUGGAUUGUCUUGCGAAUCAAUCACGCUUUACUCAACAAGAGGGAUCUGGAGGAGUCUGUCCCGUGCCUGUCCAUUGGUGUCCUGGACAUAUUUGGAUUUGAAGAUUUCAAGAUAAACAGCUUUGAACAGUUCUGCAUCAAUUACGCUAAUGAACAACUACAGUAUUACUGCAACCAACGCAUUUUCACACUUGAGCAGGCGGAGUACAUGUCUGAGGGCAUCACAUGGCACACUGUUGACUAUCCUGACAAUAUUGGCUGCAUUAGUCUCUUCAGCAAGAAACCCACUGGACUCUUUUAUCUGCUGGAUGAGGAAAGCAAUUUUCCUCAAGCCACAGAUAGCACCCUACUGGAGAAAUUUAAACAGCAGCACCAGGAAAACCCAUUCUUCGUCCAGACCCCGGUGCGGGAGCCUGCCUUUGUGAUUCUGCAUUUUGCCGGCAAGGUCAAAUACCAAAUAAAGGACUUCAGGGAGAAGAACACGGACCACAUGAGGCCGGAUAUUGUUGCCUUGCUGCGGAGCAGUGAGUGCAGUUACCUGAGGCAGCUGAUCGGUACCGAUCCAGUGGCUGUGUUCAGAUGGGGUAUACUCAGGGCCACCAUACGCACUUUGGCCGUGUUUAAUGAGGCCGGAAGACGCUGGGCACAAAAACAUCCAGAUCAGAUCAAGCGCUACACCAGACGUUCACUUGGACAAAUUAGAAAACCCAGCACGGCGGUAGAGAUGCUGAAGACCCAAAAAUCUGUGAUUGAGUUUUCAUUCGAUCGAUCUGAAGACGGUCCACUUGAAGUGUUUGAGGACAUUUUUGCUUCAUUUGAAAAUAAGAAGGAAUUGCAUGCCAAAGUCAUCCACACCAUUCAGCAAUCUGGUGGUGAAGUUCCUCACAAGCUGCGUCUGUCCACAAUUUCUUUGAGGAAGUCUCGUCUCUUCUGUCAGAAGAACAGGCCAAAUAAACACAAGCAACUAAUUCCUAAGAAUCUCGUAGAUUCGCGAUCUUUGAAGCUCAUCAUGGGCCUUACCCAGCACAAUCGCGUGACCAGGUCCCUGCUUCACCUGCACACCAAGAAGAAACCUCCAAGCAUCAGCGCCCAGUUCCAGGCAUCUCUAAGCAAGCUGUUGGAAACGCUCAGGAAAGCAGAACCGUUCUUUGUUCGCUGCAUCAGAUCUAAUGCUGAUAAGAGGGAGAUGCACUUUGAUGAUGCCCUGGUUCUGCAGCAGUUGAGGUACACAGGCAUGUUACAAACAGUUCGGAUACGGAGGUCUGGGUAUGGAGCCAAAUUCACCUUCAAGGAGUUUAUAGAUCAGUUCAGAGUGCUGCUGCCAAAGGAAAUAUCAUCACCUCAGGAGGAAAUCGCUAACCUGCUGAGGAAAAUGGGAUUACCAAGCUCCAGUUUUCAGAUCGGACAGACUAAGGUCUUCUUGAAAGAAACCGAGAGGCAAAAACUCCAGGAAACGCUUCAUAAGGAAGUGAUGCAACGCAUUAUCAUUUUGCAAAGGUGGUUUCGUGCUUGUUUGACAAGGAAGCACUACCUGCAAGAGAGGAAAGGAAUUAUAACUAUACAGCGAUCCUGGCGUAGUUUCCGGGACACGACCCGAUGCAGGGCAGCUACUGUGAUCCAGGCCGCAUGGCGAAAGUCCCAAGAGAGAGCCGACUAUCUGAAGAGGAGAGAAACACUCAAAGGACAGACAUCUUCUCAAGAAAUUGGCCGUUUGAACAAAAAGGAAACGACCCAAGAGAAGACGAAAGAACCAGAACCAAGUCCCCAGAGAAGCAAGACUAAACCGCUGCCUCCACUGCCAGAUGUAACCCGCACAACUCAAGGGGAGAAGGAACUGGUGCCGUCAUUAAACACAGACACCAGGCCUAAGGUCACCAUACAAAUUAAUCCUGACUGGGCAGAGCGACCCAACAUCAACAAUGAGGACCAGACGGGUCGACAGAACAGAGACAAGAGCGACGACAACAAUAGUGAAAGUAAAGGAUCUCAUCCUGGCCUCUCUCGGCCUGUCUCGCUUCCACUGAACAUGAUCCAGAGUGGAUCCAAUGCUGCACAACUUCAGCGCCACAACAAGACAAACCGGUUAAUAGAGAAGCCGGUCAAAUGGAAGGAAAUUAGCAGCGAAAUACAGCUGGAGAAAAUCGAUUCUGAGAUUAUACGACUUCAGAAUCAAAGGGCAAUGGGAUUACGGAAAAGUGGCAUGUCUCAGUCCUUGGAAAAUGUCUACAGAAUGAGUUCUUCAGAGUCGGACAGCUCCACGUCAUCUUCCAGAAAUGAGGUUAAUGAUCGGGGCCGUAAGCGUUUCAGACACAAGCGCAGGCUAGCACGUCCCCGCAGCGGACUGCAUCUGGAGCAUCAGGAUCUAGAUGACAUGGAGUUCUGGAGUUUUCCCUUACCUCCCAUAAGUCCCUCAACGCCCAUGUCCAGCAUGAAACUGGAGCCUUUGGUAAAAGACCAAGCCGGUCAAAAUCACAAGAUUCACUCCCCUGUAGAUGGGUCAGUUAUAAGUACAAACAAGACACCAAGUGAGGAGAUACCUGUACCAGCUACUACACAAGAAAGACGAGGAUUCCUACAACGUUUUAAGAGGCGUCUGUCGCCCCAGGAUGGAAAUGCUACUACCAUGAUAAAACCACAGGCAGAAAGAGAAGAACUAGUAGAUAGUGGCACUCAGUCUUCUCCACGAGCCAAAGGCUCGGCAGCCACUGUACCUCCUGGAGCCCGUCGCAAUCCCACCAUUAAGAUCAGCAGAGCCACUCGUGUUCAGGAGAAGUGGAACGCCUCACUUGACCGAGAGAUCAAUGACACUAAUGAACUUCGUCAUCUGGAUGAGUUCUUGGGCAACCAGAUGAAUGAUCUAAGCACGCGCUCCAAGGAACUCUCAGAGACUGAAAAGAUUUUCUUCACGGCCACCACGCAGUUCAGAGACACCAUCAAGAGCAUGUACUCCAUCUCAAAUCCCAGUAUUGGUUACAAGACACUGAUGUCAGGCUAUCAGGCGAAGGUGUCCAGUCUGGCAGGUAUGAAGAAAGCUUCUGAGGUACCGCUGGUGGUAAAUCUUUUUCAGUCGGUUCUGGAUGGGUUUAUCAGGGGAGAGCUCAAACGAUUGGAAGGAGCUGACACUUGUAAGAUUAAGGAAAGAAGCCGAAGAAAAUCUACUAAAGGAGAAAGGAAAUAUCCUAACAGCCCACUGAAUCACUUAUUUAGCACAUAUCAAGUGACCAUCAUGCAGUCAUGUGACCAGUGCACUUCAUACAUAUGGGGAAUGGAAAAAGCCUUCAUGUGCAGCUCUUGUAAAAUGGUGUGUCAUAAAAAGUGUAUCAGCAAGAUAACAAUAAAUUGCACAUCUCCCUGUGGUAGGAAGAAAGAGGGUGACCAAAGCGCUCUUCACUUUGGUGUGCCUUUGUGCAUACUGGUCCGCACGGCUGACUCCGUGCCUUUUGUCAUGGACAAGAUGCUGGUGCACGUUGAAAUGAAUGGACUGUACACGGAGGGCAUCUACCGCAAGUCGGGUUUAGCCAGCAAAGCUAAAGAGCUUCACCAGAUAUUGGAAAAAGAUCCACAGACUGUCGCUCUUGACAAUUACCCCAUCCACACCAUCACCGGUCUGGUCAAACAGUGGUUACGGGAGCUACCUGACCCGCUCAUGACAUACAGUCUCUACAACGACUUCCUAUAUGCUGCUGAUUUGCCAGAACAAUCCGAGCGGUUACGUGCCGUCUACAAAAAGUUAGAUGAACUACCUCCCUCAAAUUUCUCCCUUCUCGAAAGGCUUAUUUUUCAUCUUGUGAAAGUGGCAAAAGAGGAAGCCCACAAUCGGAUGUCAGCCAACUCUCUGGCUAUCGUCUUUGCACCCUGCAUUUUACGCUGCCCAGAUUCAUCUGAUCCUCUCCUCAGUAUGAGAGAUAUAAACAAGACCACCCUCUGUGUGGAGAUUCUGAUUAAUGAGCAAACAAGGCGAUACAAUCAGAUAAUGGAAGAAAUUCAGCAGCUGGAAAAUGUAGAAGCUAUGGCCGUUAAACAGCUCAAGCUCAGGAGACAAAACACGGUAUUUGAUGGGGGGAAAUUGAAAUCCUCUUCGAUGGAGACUGCUGAACUUAAAAUUGAAAAUGACCUGCUUGAGCGGAUAAGGUCCAUAAAGAAGGAUAAGAGUGAUUUGGCCUGCAGACUGCCUGAGCUCUUCCAGGACAGCUCGGAUGGUGAGAACCUUGACAGCGAGUCAUUGGUCAGUUCAGAGAGUCUUCUGGAAGAUCAUUUUGUGAGUUUGGACUCGGAAGGUCACACUGCCUUGAAGACCUCAAGCAGGCCAGGAGAACCUGCUAAACCUCCUGUUCCAACACAUCCUCCUCCAGCUGGGAACUGGAACCAAAACCACUCUGCCUCACGCCGAGAUGGAGUCCAGUCCAUGUGUAUCAUUGGAAACCAAGAUCUCUCAAAAUCCCCCUCACCAGGCAGUCAGGCCAAAAGAAGAUUUUCUGAACUUGACAUUCCUUUUAUAGAUGAGGAGGACAUUUAGUUAUUAGUCUUUCCGGUUGCCGUUCAAGCAAAAGUCAGUAUCCGUUCAGAUCAUAUGAACACUCGUUGUUUUGAGUAAUAAAUUAAAUGCUAGAUUAAUUCUGUCCAAAAACUGCUGUUGACCUUUGUGUUUAUAAAAUACUUUUGUAAAACAUUUGAAUGCUUUAAAAAAAAACUUUAAAGCCAUUGUGAAUUGUGUAUAGUACUGUUCUAUGUUUAUUUAAAAUGUUCUCCUGAUCUUGGAAGCAUUUUGGGUCUUUUAAAUAUUUUAACAGCAUUUCUACUCGCAUGCUUUUGUUUUUUGUCUACUGCAACUUUUCUAUGAACGAUAUGCAAUCAUUUAGACCUGGUAAAUAUUACUGUCUGCUGCAGCAGCUUGAGGAAAUCAAAUUAUCAUUGAUCUUAUUUUUUUUUCUCAAACCAGAAAUCUGAUUUUUUUACAUGAUAAACACAUGCAUUUGCUGACUAUCACAAGCAUCAUUCCCUUCAUGUAUUUUUUAGUCAAAUUUCUGUAUAGUAAAUGCAAAGUAAAAAAAAUAAUAAUUUGACAACUGUUGAGGAUUCACACAAUGUGUGAAUAUUUAUAUAUUUGUUUUAAAGAAUAUUAUUUUAAGCCGGUUGGAGGUUUUUACAUAAUUGUUUUGCUUGUAUGUUUGAAGUAUACUGUGAAGCUGCUGCACGGUACAUUUAUGUCAAACAGUCUUUGAUUUAAAAAGCAGGUCUCGUAAAUCACCAUUAUCAAAAGCAGAUUCCAUAAUAUGUUAUAUCAUCAAAUUUACAUGCAAAGCUUUAUAUACAGAUAUUGAUGUUUUUUUUUUUUUUAGAGAGGGAGAUCGGUAACACUUAACGUUAUAGGGUUCAGUAGUUAACAUUAAUGUAUUAACUAACAUGAGCAAACCAUGAGCAGUACACUUGUUACAGUAUUUAUUAACCUUUGUUGAUGUUAGUUAAUAGAAAUAAAGCUUUUAAUUGUUUGUUCAUGUUAGUUCACAUUGCAUUAACUAACAUUAUCAAGAUUUUAAUAAUUGUUGACAUUAACAAAGAUUAAUAAAUGCUGUAUAAGUGCAGUUCAUGUUAACUAAUGAACCUUAUUCUGUGAAAUCUGUGAUAACAUGUCAGUGUCAUAUAACAGUAACAUUAGAAAGACACUUCAGAUAUGUUUUACUGUAGAAAGGAGACAUUGUUACAGCAGGUGUGUUGUAUAUCAUUACUAAAUAUUGUAAAGCUGCCGAUUAUAAACUAGUUAUAAGAAAUAAAACGCACAUGUUGUGCAUGAAUUCUGUA